CCCAGUGGUCACAGCGUUUCAGACGCGCUGCUUCCUGGGAAUUGUAGUAUCUCACAAUUGCGUUUGAAGUAUCCAGUCUAACGAUAGUGUUUUAUUUUAAAAUACAGAUUUGAGUUGGAAAUUUCUCAAGCUUCCUAAUCGAUCACAGCCUACAGUAUUAAGAGGUUAAAGAGCACCUCUUGUUUGACUGCUAACUCAUACGUUUUCGAGGGCAAGUCUUCUCGCCAUGGCUCAGCUCCAGACACGCUUCUACACUGACAACAAGAAAUAUGUGGUAGAUGAUGUUCCCUUCUCAAUUCCUGCCACCUCUGAAAUUGCUGACCUUAGUAACAUCAUCAAUAAAUUGCUGGAGGCCAAAAAUGAGUUCCACAAACAUGUGGAGUUUGAUUUCCUUAUCAAGGGCCAGUUUUUGCGAAUGCCCUUGUUCAAACACAUGGAACUGGAGAACAUCUCAUCAGAAGAGGUUGUGGAACUAGAAUAUGUGGAGAAAUACACUGCACCCCAGCCAGAGCAAUGCAUGUUCCAUGAUGACUGGAUCAGUUCAAUUAAAGGAGCAGAGGAAUGGAUCUUGACUGGUUCUUAUGAUAAGACUUCUCGAAUCUGGUCCUUGGAAGGAAAGUCAAUAAUGACAGUUGUGGGACAUACAGACGUUGUAAAAGAUGUGGCCUGGGUGAAAAAAGAUAGUUUGUCUUGCUUACUACUGAGUGCCUCUAUGGAUCAGACCAUUCUCUUGUGGGAGUGGAAUGUAGAGAAAAACAAAGUGAAAGCCCUACACUGUUGCAGAGGUCAUGCUGGAAGUGUGGAUUCUAUAGCUGUUGAUAGCUCAGGAACUAAAUUUUGCAGUGGUUCCUGGGAUAAGAUGCUAAAGAUCUGGUCUACAGUCCCCACAGAUGAAGAAGAUGAAAUGGAGGAAUCCACAAAUAGACCAAGAAAGAAACAGAAAACAGAACAAUUGGGGCUAACAAGGACUCCCAUGGUGACCCUCUCUGGCCAUACAGAAGCAAUUUCCUCAGUACUCUGGUCAGAUGCUGAAGAAAUCUGCAGUGCAUCUUGGGACCACACAAUUAAAGUAUGGGAUGUUGAAUCUGGCGGUCUUAAGUCAACUUUGACAGGAAAUAAAGUGUUUAACUGUAUUUCCUAUUCUCCACUUUGUAAACGUUUAGCUUCUGGAAGCACAGAUAGGCAUAUAAGACUGUGGGAUCCCCGAACCAAAGAUGGUUCUUUGGUGUCACUAUCCCUGACCUCACACACAGGCUGGGUCACAGCCGUAAAGUGGUCUCCUACUCAUGAACAGCAGCUGAUUUCAGGCUCUUUAGAUAACAUUGUCAAGCUGUGGGAUACAAGAAGUUGUAAGGCUCCUCUCUAUGAUCUGGCUGCUCAUGAAGAUAAGGUUCUAAGUGUGGACUGGACAGACACAGGGCUACUUCUAAGUGGAGGUGCAGACAAUAAAUUGUAUUCCUACAAAUAUUCCCCUACCACUUCCCAUGUGGGGGCAUGAAAGUGAAUAAUGACUUGAUAUAGAGGCAUUCUGUAAAUGAAAUUGGUAGAGAAUCAUCAGAUUACGCUGAUGCAGAUGCAGCCUUUUAGAUUAAGGUUUAUGGUUUUCACCCCCCAUGAAAGCUAACAUAUUACUCAUUGUUUUUAUUUUGUGUGUAUAAAAUAAAAUGUGGCCUGUAUUCUCUACCCUACAGACUGUGGAAAUUAAACUGAGAUUUUUUAAACUUC